AUGAGAGUUGACACUUUUAAAGAGGAGUUGAUGUCUUUCCAUCACCCCGCCCCAUUCUCCCGCUUUCCAUCACCCCGCCCCAUUCUCCCUCUUUUCAUCACCCCGCCCCAUUCUCCCUCUUUCCAUCACCCCGCCCCAUUCUCCCUCUUUCCAUCACCCCACCCCAUUCUCCCUAUUUCCAUCACCCCGCCCCAUUCUUCCGCUUUCCAUCAACCCGCCCCAUUCUCCAGCAUUCCAUCACCCCGCCCCAUUCUCCCGCUUUCCAUCACCCCGCCCCAUUCUCCCGCUUUCCAUCACCCCGCCCCAUUCUCCCGCUUUCCAUCACCCCGCCCCAUUCUUCCGCUUUCCAUCACCCCGCCCCAUUCACCCUCUUUGCGUCACCCCGCCCCAUUCUCCCGCUUUCCAUCACCCCGCCCCAUUCUCCCGCUUUCCAUCACCCCGCCCCAUUCUCCCACUUUCCAUCACCCCGCCCCAUUCUCCUGCUUUCCAUCACCCCGCCCUAUUCUCCCUCUUUCCAUCACCCCGCCCCAUUCUCCCGCUUUCCGUCACCCAGCCCCAUUAUCCCGCUUUCCAUCACCCGCCCCAUUUUCCCGCUUUCCAUCACCCCGCCCCAUUCUCCCGCUUUCCAUCACCCCGCCCCAUUCUCAAGCUUUCCAUCACCUCGCCCCAUGCUCCCGCUUUCCAUCACCCCGCCCCAUUCUCCCGCUUUCCGUCACCCCGCCCCAUUCUUCCGCUUUCCAUUACCCGGCCCCAUUCUCCCGCUUUCCAUCACUCCGCCCCAUUCUCCCGCUUUCCAUCACUUCGCCCCAUUCUCCCGCUUUCCAUCACCCCGCCCCUUUCUUCCUCUUUCCAUCACCCCGCCCCAUUCUCCCGCUUUCCAUCUCCCCGCCCCAUUCUCCCGCUUUCCAUCACCCCGCCCCAUUCUCCCGCUUUCCAUCACCCCGCCCCAUUCUCCCGCUUUCCAUCACCCCGCCCCAUUCUCCCUCUUUUAAUCACUCGCCCCUUUCUCCCUCUUUCCAUUACCCCACCCCAUUCUCCCUCUUUCCAUCACCCCGCCCCAUUCUCCCGCUUUCCAUCAUCCCGCCCCAUUCUCCCGCUUUCCAUCACCCCGCCCCAUUCUCCCGCUUUCCAUCACCCCGCCCCAUUCUCCCGCUUUCCAUCACCCUGCCCCAUUCUCCCGCUUUCCAUCACCCCGCCCCAUUCUCCCGCUUUCCAUCACCCCGCCCCAUUCUCCUGCUUUCCAUCACUCUGCCCCAUUCUCCCGCUUUCCAUCACCCCACCCCAUUCUCCCGCUUUCCAUCACCCUGCCCCAUUCUCCCGCUUUCCAUCACCCCGACCCAUUCUCCCUCUUUUCAUCACCCCGCCCCAUUCUCCCUCUUUCCAUCACCCCGCCCUAUUCUCCCUCUUUCCAUCACCCCACCCCAUUCUCCCGCUUUCCAACACCCCGCCCCAUUCUCCCGCUCCAUCACCCCGCCCCAUUCUCCCGCUUUCCAUCACCCCGCCCCAUUCUCCCGCUUUCCAUCACCCGGCCCCAUUCUCCCGCUUUCCAUCACCCCGCCCCAUUCUUCCGAUUUCCAUCACCCCGCCCCAUUAACCCUCUUUCCAUCAACCCGCCCCAUUCUCCCUCUUUCCAUCACCCCCGCCCCAUUCUCCCGCUUUCCACCACCCUGCCCCAUUCUCCCGCUUUCCAUCACCCUGCCCCAUUCUCCCGCUUUCCAUCACCCCGCCCCAUUCUCCCGCUUUCCAUCACCCCGCCAUAUUCUUCCUCUUUCCAUCACCCCGCCCCAUUCUCCCGCUUUCCAUCACGCCGCCCCAUUUUCAUGCUUUCCAUCACCCCGCCCCAUUCUCCCGCUUUCCAUCACCCCGCCCCAUUCUCCCGCUUUCCAUCACCCCGCCCCAUUCUCCCGCUUUCCAUCACCCCUCCCCUUUCUCCCGCUUUCCAUCUCCCCGCCCCAUUCUCCCGCUUUCCAUCACCCCGCCACAUUCUCUCGCUUUCCAUCACCCCGCCCCAUUCUCCCGCUUUUCAUCACGCCGCCCCAUUCUCCCGCUUUCCAUCACCCCGCCCCAUUCUCCCUCCUUCCAUCACCCCGCCCCAUUCUCCCGCUUUCCAUCACCCCGCCCCAUUCUCCCUCCUUCCAUCACCCCGCCCCAUUCUCCCUCAUUCUAUCACCCCGCCCCAUUCUCCCGCUUUCCAUCACCCAGCCCCAUCCUCCCGCUUCCCAUAACCCCACCCCAUUCUCCCGCUUUCCAUCACCCCGCCACAUUUUCCCACUUUCCAUCACCCCGCCCCAUUCUCCCUCCUUCCAUCACCCCGCCCCAUUCUCCCGCUUUCCAUCAGCCCGCCCCAUUCUCCCGCUUUCCAUCAUCUCGCCCCUUUCUCCCGCUUUCCAUCUCCCCGCCCCAUUCUCCCGCUUUCCAUCACCCCGCCCCAUUCUCCCGCUUUCCAUCACCCCGCCCCAUUCUCCCGCUUUCCAUCACCCCGCCCCAUUCUUCCGCUUCCCAUCAUCCCGCCCUAUUCCACCGCUUUCCAUCACCCUUCCCCAUUCUCCCUCCUUCCAUCACCUCGCCCCAUUCUCCCGCUUUCCAUCACCCCGCCCCAUUCUUCUGCUUUCCAUCACCCCGCCCCAUUCUCCCGCUUUCCAUCACCCCGCCCCAUUCUCCCUCCUUCCAUCACCCUGCCCCAUUCUCCCUCCUUCCAUCACCCCGCCCCAUUCUCCCGCUUUCCAUCACCCCGCCACAUUCUCCCGCUUUCUAUCACCCCGCCCCAUUCUCCCUCCUUCUAUCACCCCGCCCCAUUCUCCCGCUUUCACCACCCCGCCCCAUUCUCCCGAUUUCCAUCACCCCGCCCCAUUCUCCCGCUUUCCAUCAUCCCGCCCCAUUCUCCCUCCUUCCAUCACCCCGCCCCAUUCUCCCGCUUUCCAUCACUCCGACCCAUUCUCCCUCCUUCCAUCACCCCGCCCCAUUCUCCCUCCUUCCAUCACCCCGCCCCAUUCUCCCGCUUUCCAUCACCCCGCCCCAAUCUCCUGCUUCCCAUAA